UUUCCGCCUCCGGCUUCCUUCUCCUCCGUCCGACACUCCGAUGGCGGGUUUCAGUUCUCUUAUCCCUAAAACGCCUCUGAAACGCGCAGUUGCUAGAGCAACCGGAAACCUAACGGCGCCGUUAGCUACUGUUUCUUCCGCGCGAAACCUCUUCACCGGAGGAUGUAAUGGUGAGCAAGGAAUGUUUCCUCAUUUCAAUGGAGUAAGUAAUCAUCUUCAUAUAGCUAUUCGUAGUGCUGGUGGUGUGCUUACAAGUCCAUUUCAUCAUAUUCUUCUCGGGGUCAAUCAAACAAACAAGCCCGUUUUUCUAAGGGUCCAAUCGAUGAGCUAUCAGUUUGUGGCUGAUUCCCAUGCAUCUCAUACACCUUCUCUGGAAACUGAGGAUGAGCAAGAUGUUGAGGAGGAAAAAGCUAAAACCACUAGGACGCAUCAAACUGGGGAGAACAUACCCAAGAAGGAUAAAAUAAAGUUUCUUGUGAAUACUCUUCUUGAUAUCGAAGAUAACAAAGAGGCUGUCUAUGGAGCUCUGGAUGCUUGGGUGGCUUGGGAACGCAAUUUCCCUAUUGCUUCCCUCAAAAGAGUAAUAGCUAUUCUUGAAAAGGAACAUCAAUGGCAUCGAAUGGUUCAGGUAAUAAAGUGGAUUCUAAGUAAGGGACAAGGUAACACGAUGGGGACAUAUGGACAGUUGAUACGGGCAUUAGAUAUGGAUCGUAGGGUAGAAGAGGCGCAUGCAAUCUGGCGUAAGAAAAUAGGGAAUGAUCUACAUUCCGUACCUUGGCAGUUAUGCUUACAAAUGAUUCGCAUAUAUCUCCGGAGCAAUAUGUUACAAGAACUUGUUAAGCUGUUUAAGGAUCUAGAGAGUUAUGGACGUAAGCCUACGGAUAAAAAGAUUGUGCAGUCAGUGGCGGACGCUUACGAGCUUUUAGGAAUGCUCGAGGAGAAAGAAAGAGUAUUGACUAAAUAUAGCAAUCUGUUUCUCGGUACAGCAUCGGAUGAUAAAUCAAGAAGAUCUUCAAGGAAGAAGAAGAAACCAGGAGUGAUGAAUACUGAAGCAACCACAGAGGACGCAGCAGAAGAUGAGUUACAAGAAGGGAUCGAAGAGAAUGUGGAGAGUCACCAAGAAUCAGAAGCUGCCACUGAGAAAUGAUCCGAACAUGGAGCAAAAGUUGUGUACGCACUAGUAUACUAUAGUAGUAUUGUAUCGACUGAACUAGAACAUAUUUUUGCCUUUUUAAGUUUUAUACGUCACAAUAGAUGCUUCGGUUC